UCAAAAAUAAUUUCAGCAACUCGAGUACUGUCAAAAACUUGUCCGUCACUCGUAAAAUUGCCAAGUACACCCAAGUGCAAGCAGGAAAAGUUCUCCUCCUCGGGUUUAUUGCGUUUCGUUUCCGCGUGUUUGCACUCCUACGUAUCCAACAAUUGCCUGAAAAACGUCUGUCGGGGUCGUUGUCGCGAAGGUGAAGGCUAACAAACCAAAAUGCUGGCGCUCAUCAACCGAAUACUGGACUGGUUCAAGAGCCUGUUCUGGAAGGAGGAGAUGGAGCUGACCCUGGUCGGCCUGCAGUACUCCGGGAAGACGACCUUCGUCAACGUGAUCGCUUCUGGACAGUUCAGCGAAGAUAUGAUCCCUACAGUCGGAUUCAACAUGCGAAAAAUCACUAGAGGCAACGUAACAAUCAAAGUAUGGGACAUUGGUGGUCAGCCACGGUUUCGAUCAAUGUGGGAAAGAUACUGUCGCGGUGUUAAUGCCAUUGUUUAUAUGGUCGAUGCAGCAGAUCGUGAUAAGAUGGAAGCCUCAAGAAAUGAAUUGCAUUCGUUACUCGAUAAGCCACAAUUGAGUGGAAUUCCGGUGCUAGUUUUGGGUAAUAAACGUGAUUUGCCAGGUGCUCUGGAUGAAACAGGUUUAAUUGAGAGAAUGAAUUUGUCUAGCAUACAAGAUAGAGAAAUUUGUUGUUACAGUAUUUCUUGUAAGGAAAAAGAUAAUAUUGAUAUAACAUUGCAAUGGCUGAUUGCCCACUCAAAAAGUCAGAAUCGUUAGGAUACUUUUGAUUUUAACUCUUUAAUAUUAUUCUUAUUUUUAAAAUAAUGUGAAAAUAAAAAAUAUGAAACUAUAAAACAAAACAAAACAGUAGAGAACACAGAAAAUUUAUUGUGAGAUAUUGAUUUGUUGCCUGGCGCACUAUCAAAAUAAAAUCUAACAAAAUUAAAUUUGUUACUUUGCUCAGCGUUUUAAUAAGAUUCGUUUCCGAUUGUUGACUUCGGACGUAGACGAGAAUCAUCUGCGGUCGCUUAAUUUUGUUUCGUUUGUUUGUCAAAAUCUGUAGAAGGCCGCAAUGUAGGACUGAAUUUCUCAUUUUGAUUUAGAAAUCUCUUCCAGAAUGGACAAUUUCUGUGCCAAUUUAUAUAGUCAUCUUACGCCUAAAUGUUUACCGUGACGUUCCCACCUGGCUUUGCUCGUGUGUUGAAAAAUAAAUGUUUCCAGCCCCCCUCAUCCAAUUAAUGUUCCAUGUUAUGUUUUCAUAUGAUCAAUGGAUGCAGAAGAAGUUUGAGGAAGGACAUGUUGCACGUGAUUCAGUUCUUUUGUUGUCCAUCUUAUUAGAAACGUUGAGCAGUCUUAAAUUUCAAGCUAAAAUAUGAAAUGAUGUUACAGAAAAUCUCUUACUCUAUUUUACUAUGGUUUAGAUAGCAAUUGAAGACAAAGAACAAAUGAGAUGAAACCAAUGCGAUAAAUAGUUCUCUUUAAUGUACGCCACCACAGCUACACUAUUGCAAUGACUAGUGAAAAUGCCGAAAAUUUAAAGGAAAUUACUCCCUGUGUAGACAAAUUUAUUAGCAAGACGUUUUUCCAACAAAUAAUAACAUUACACUUCUCUCGUAAGCAAUUACAAGCAUUGAACGAAAGUUUUUACACAUCAAUAUGUAAAUAGAGAUAUAACUAAUAUUAUUAUUAUUAUAAUUGCAAAAAUUGAUAAAAAAUAUUGAAAUUGUACCUAUGAUCGAUUAUUAUUAUUAUUUUUAUUCGUCUCGAGGUGAUUUUGUUGAUAUGUUUAUAAUCAGACUAAAUAGCGCAUGGUUUUUAUAUUCGGUUUAUCUUAGAGUUUAGUUUUUGAAAGCAAAAAAAAGCUGAUUCUCUCGAUUAUAGAGUCGAAAAGGUCUAAAGCCUCCAAGUAACAUUGCAAACUGAACAAAAAAUAGUGAAUAAUUACAACGAUUUUGCUUAAUUUCGUUUUUAAAUCAAGAUUUUUGUGCUUCAGUAACAUUAGGAUUGUUCCAUGAAAAAUAGAUUUCCCUAGGCCUUACUGCUUGUGUAAGUCUCCGAACCCUCAAAUGGCCCAAGCGUUUCAAUUGUGAUGUUUUCUUAUUCAUAUUAGUUACUAUAAAUUAUUAAUCUUCUGAGUAUAAUGACAUAUAAAGAUUGUGUUUAUAAGAUUGAGAGUAUAGCUGGUAAAGCUUUUUAUAAAAUACUUUAAAAAUACAUGAAAUUCUGAACUAUUAA